UAUGGAAUUAAUACACGGCGACACGGCCCUCCUCUCAACAAGCGUGUAUUAUGGUGUUGGUUUUGACGUUGUUCGAUGUGUGCUCCAAGUUUAUUUCCUGUUAAUUAAUAAUGGAAAAGGCAAAAAGUGUUGACAUAGCAUCUUCGAAUCACGCACAGUACCAUAAACCUGCAAGCAGUGACUCACUAAAUGGAUCAGAAUCGAAGUCUAGCUCUCUGAACUCCAAGUUGGGACAGCGAUCAUUGGGAAGUCACAGCUCUCAUUCUCCAUCAAAGUCACUCUGUUCUUCUUCGUCGACAUCGACAGAGAAUAUGCAGAUGGCACAGGAAUUAAAGAUGAGAGAAGCUUCAAAAGCACAGAAAACAUCGCAGGAUCCACCACUAUUACCUGGAGAACAACCUCACGUUGUACAAAAGGCACGAGAUGUCACCUACCUGUGCCCAUUUCAAGGUCCAAUUCGAGGUUGCUUGUACGUUACUAACUACAAGCUAUACUUCCGAAGCAUCGAUAAGGAGCCAAAAUUCUAUAUGGAGGUUCCAUUGGGUGUUGUGAGCCGGAUCGAGAAAGUGGGCUACGCUUCGAGCCGCGGAGAAAACUCUUACGGCAUAGAGCUGUUCUGCAAGGACCUGCGCAACCUCAAGUUUGCUCACAAGCAGGAGAAUCACUCACGAAGGGACAUCUUUGAUAAGCUACACAAAUUUGCCUUUCCCCUGUCCAACAGCCUACCUCUGUUUGCGUUUGAAUAUGCUGGGAGGUACUCUGCAAAUGGCUGGGCAGUGUACGACCCUAUUGCAGAGUACAGGAGGAUGGGUCUGCCAACCGAGAGCUGGAAGACAUCUAACAUCAACGAAAAUUAUCGCCUUUGUGACACCUAUCCUGCAGUUCUUGCUGUCCCCGCUGCUGCAGACAACAACCUGCUCGAAGCUGUAGCAAGCUUCCGAAGUCGUGGGAGGAUUCCUGUGCUUUCCUGGAUUCAUCCUGAGAGCCAGGCUACAAUCACUCGGUGUAGCCAACCCAGUGUUGGCGUCAGUGGGAAAAGGUGCACCGAGGACGAGAAUUAUCUCCAGAUGAUCAUGGAUGCCAAUGCCCAGUCACACAAAGUAUACAUCAUGGAUGCACGGCCAAAUGUUAAUGCUGUUGCAAACAAGGCAAAAGGCGGAGGUUAUGAAAGCGAGGACGCCUAUCGCAUAGCAGAGCUGGUGUUCUUGGACAUCCACAACAUCCAUGUAAUGCGUGAGAGCCUGAGGAAACUCAAAGAAAUCUGCUUUCCCGUCAUUGACGAAGCUCGCUGGCUAUCAAACAUCGAGUCUACACACUGGCUAGAGCACUUGCGUGGAAUCUUGGCAGGUGCGGUGCGCAUUGCGGAUCGUGUUGAAGGUGGGAAGUUCUCCGUCGUCGUUCAUUGCAGUGACGGCUGGGAUCGUACUGCACAGCUCACCAGUCUGGCAAUGCUGAUGUUAGACCCAUACUACCGAACAAUCAAAGGCUACGAGGUACUCAUUGAAAAGGAAUGGAUAAGUUUUGGUCACAAAUUUGCUCAGCGUAUUGGUCAUGGUGAUGACAAGCACUCUGAUGCAGAUCGUUCCCCUGUAUUCCUGCAGUUUGUUGACUGUACAUGGCAAAUCAUGAAUCAGUUCAAGAAUGCCUUCGAGUUCAACGAGCACUUUCUAAUCACCAUUUUGGACCACCUGUACAGCUGUCUUUUUGGCACUUUCCUUUGUAACUCUGAGCAACAGAGGGUCAAAGAGGGCGUACGAGAGAGAACACAGUCCUUGUGGUCCAUGGUUAACAGCAACCUUGAAAGUUACACCAAUCCAAUGUACGCCACAUACCCACAGCAACAUGUGCUGUUCCCCGUGGCUAGCCUUCGCAGGAUUCAACUCUGGAAGGGUUACUACUGUAGAUGGAAUCCACGCAUGAGACAUCAGGAGCCGUUGCACAUGCGAAGUCGGGAACUCUUGCAACUUCGUGCUCAACUCCAAAGACAGUUGGAAGACCUAUGCAAGGAACAUGAGGCCAAGUCAUCAGCGAGAACACAGGCUAGGGUCUCCUCACCAAUCACUGUUUAAAUUCUUCUGGUGUUCCACAAUGCUGAUCAACACUAGAAUGCCAAGAGCGAGAACCUAUCCUACUUGGUGUGCGAGAUUGUUCUCAUGUCAGCCUGCUCCACAGCGGCCUGAUUCCUCAGGCAGUUUGAGUCACACACGCACAUGCACAUGUUCCAGCUGUGCCACAUGCACAUUCCUGGGGAAAGAAAACAAGGUUUUACAGAAAGAUGUACGGUACACAGUUUAUAACAUUUACUGUAAAGUUAUGUUUUUUUCCUAAUAUUAUUUAAAACAUGAGGGUCAUACACUUUAUGUUGGUAGUGUUUCUUUUCUUUUUUUUGUCCACUUUUAUUUUUUAAGGUGAUAAAGUGAGUUUAUAACAUACCUAGAAAGAUAUGAGGUUUUUUGGUAUGGGUAUCUUUCAAAAUUAUAUGCCAGAUGAAAGCCUUUCUUGCUACAUAAAAUGUCCUCAAACAGCGAGCAAGGAAUCCUCCCAGGACUGGACAUCGGACGAGGAUAUUCAGCAAGGACUUCAAGGAAUCCUUCAAUGAAUCCUGUGCAACAAUAAGGUUGAUGGUGAUAGGAGAUGUGUCCUAUCGCAGGAUAACGUCUUCCCGAUUCAGUAUUGUGGGCUGCCUGUAGUGGAUGCAUGGACAGGGGGAGAUGCCUAAUUGUAGCAUAUAAUUUGUUCUUGUACUAGACUACAAAAGAUAAUAUGCAAGAGAAAUUGCUUCAAGACAUUGCAGGUAUGCUUCAGAUAGCCUAGCCACUGAAGUAUAAUAAAUUAAAACAAAUCAUCAUCCCCAAAAGGCUCUUCUGUGACAGUGGUUAGGCCUUGCUCAAUAGACUUGAAGUUUCACCAAAAGAGUACUUGCUUCAUUUUGUGUCUUUGCAUACAUGCUUUCAAGCUUUGUAGUAAGUAGGUAUAUAAGUAUAUGAUGUUGCAGAGCAGCACAGAAUUAUCCUAAGGCAGUGUUUUUGCAUCUCCAUUAUUAUGAUGCUGCAUUGGCAUGUAGCACGAGGACAUGCCAAUAUGCAUGCGAAUGUGCGAAAGCUGCAUGAUAUUACUUCCUCGCAUUUGUAGACAGAUACUUGCAUUUCACCAUUGCAGCCUGCUGGCAAUUGUACUGUAUACGUAUAUCAUUGCGCAAGUUCCAAGAUAUGGACUGCUGGGUACAUCGAUUUGAGGAGGACCAUAAGACAUUAUUUGUUGUUUCAUUUGAGCACUUUAUUUGUGUUUUUUCUUCCCCUUUUUUCUUUGUAGGUACUGUAUGUUACUCUGAAUUAAAAGCUGACAACAAAGGAA